GGGGCGCUUUGCAUCAUGCAGUUAAAGUUGCUGCAUUUUCAGGAUGAACAGCUAAUAAAGAAUAAUCUAAGUUCUGCUUAGAAACAGCCUAAUCUGAGGGUUUUGCUGAAAAAGCGUUGAGAUAAAAACAGCAGGAGGAAGAAGAAGACGGAAGGAGGAGGUCUAGGCGACCAGUUGGUUCUGCAUUAGACGUUGCAUCAGAGUGACAGCAGGAAACCACCAACAUAUGACACCCUCAGUGUCUGUUCCCUUCACUGUGACACCACCAAGCAGAGGGAGCAGAGGCAACCAUAGAAGGAGCGGAGGAGAACCAGAACCCUUCAGAUCUGGAACCAACAGUGACCUCACACCACUAGGAAAGAGACGGAGGAGAACCAGAGGAGGAUUUGGAGGAGGAGAAAAGCACAAGCUUGAGAUUGAAGAAGUAGAAGGAGGACGGAACACAGUGGAGGAAGAAGAGACGUCUACCAGGAGGAGGACGCUAAUGAUACCAGCACCUCCGAGCAGAAGAGCAGGCAGUGAAGGAGCCGAGAAGGAGCUGAAAGAAGCCAGAAGGCAAGGAGACAUCAGGAGGGUGGAACAGAGGACGGAGAGGAGAGGGGACGCUGUGGAGACGUGAUGGAGGAAGACAUCAGAAAGCAGGGCAUGCUCUUCCUCCAGCAGCAGCGCUUUGGGAAGAAGUGGAAGCGGAUAUGGUGCGUCCUGUACCGGGAAAGCUCCUGCUCCAUCUCCAGGAUGGAGUUCUUCGAGUGUAAAGAUGGAGGCCACUUGGAGAAGAACGAUAAAACUCUGCGCAAGCAGCAGGAGAACAAGAAGGUGAUCCGUCUGGCAGACUGCAUCCGGGUGACGGAGGUAGACAUGGACGGAUGUCCCAGAGACACAGGCUCCUUCCUGGUUGAGACCACGGAGAAGAUCUUUGUGUUCGCUGCAGACAGACACCAGCUGGAGGACUGGACUCACAAACUGUGUGAGAUCGCCUUCCCUAUGAGCUGGACAGAUGGCGGAGCGAAGCGGGGAACCCUACAGAGAGGAAACAGGGUGGAUGAAGAUGAAGGGAUGGAGGACAACUCGCUUUACAGCGGCCGGGAAAUAGUGCGUGACUUCAAAGUGUCUGUGCGGAGGACGGACGCAUCAGAUCGAUGCAGACUGAAGGGGGACGGAGUCUUGAGAGCCGACAUGGAUGCUCUGCACCUGCUGGGCAAGACGGGGGACAUCCUGUACACCUGGCCGUACAGGUACCUGCGGCGCUUCGGACGGGACAAGUCCACCUUCUCCUUCGAGGCGGGUCGCAGGUGUGACUCUGGCGAGGGAAGCUUCGAAUUCGACACCAAACAGGGAAACUUCCUGUUCCAGGCUGUCGAAGCGGCCAUUAACCUGCAGAAGAUCUCCCUCCCACACAGACAGACCUCUGGAGGAGGCCUGGUGACGCCAGAGGUCCCCCCCAACCUCCAGAAUCAGAACCUACCGCCCCCACCAGUUAACCCAACAAUGGGCCAUAGCAGGACGCUUCUGCCCCAGCCCCGUGUUCAGGUUCAACAACCUCCAGGUGCUCAGGCGGCUGAUGGUGUUUACAGUAUGGUGACCGAACCUCAAAACCUGCAGAUGGUUCAUGACAAAGAAGCCGAGAGCUCCCAUUCCUCACAGCAGCAGCGCCCUCAGCAGUCUCGUCUGGAGCCUCCGGUGGAUAAAAUCCUGACUGGAGUGAAGAGUUUGACUCUGGAUACCCGCGGAGUCCCCAUACCCAGGAAGAACCAGGUCAAGAUGAUCUCCAGCUGCCCCCUGCCCAACGCCAGCCCAGAGUCUGGCAGCAGCCUGGCAGCGGGCCCCGGCUCUAACCCAAACCAGAACCCCCGCCUCAGCCCGAAACUGAGCUCCAACCCCAACCUGGAACAGACAUACUCCCAGAUCACCAUGACGGACGUCGGUGGGCGGGGCACCAAGAAGGAGAAAAGUACCAGCGCUGGCUCACCGCCGAUGCUAAACAGGGACCCAGAAUACUCCCUCCCCUUCGACACCAUCGCCUCAAACGUCAUGUCCGACAUCUUGCAAUCCAAUCAAGACAAUCCAGGUGCGGACCCGUUAUACGACAGCAUCGACGAGAUGAAGAUAAGGAACAUCUUUAGGAGCGAAGCAAGGACUCAGGAAUCCACAUACGGGAAGGUGGAUCACAUCUACGAUGAGCCUGAAGGCUGCGCUGCCGCCGGAGGACAAAAGGUCACGCCCCACUCCUCAGUCUACGACGACCCCGAGGAGAUGAGAGGAGAUGCCUGGAGGAUCAUGGGAACAUCAGCUGACCCUAAAGGCCAUGAGUAUCCCUAUAACCCCCGUGUGGAUGACUAUGCCGUGCCCAAACGACCCAAGAGGGUGUUGGCUUCCCAGCAAAGUCUUGCUAAAGAAGAAGAACAGGCACAGAACCAGGAGGAGGAGGAUGAGGAUGAGGAGGACGAGGAGGAGAGGGAGAAGGAGGAGCAACAGUUUUCACCAUACAACAACGUGAUAGUUAAAAUAGCCUGACAGAGGAAGUAGACCUCCUUUCAUCCAUCCAUCAUUCAUCCAUCAUCCAUCCAUCCAUCCAUCCUCCUAUCCAUCUUCCAUCCAUCCAUAUGAUGAACUUGUAGAUGCAGGAGAAGGACCUGUAACUGAAUGUCAUGGACUCCAUUGAUGGACCUGCAACAGGCUGUGAAACUGUCUGCAAUGAUUCAGGGUUGGAGGAAGCAGAGAAGAGGACGAUGUCGUGAUGUGUGAUUGCUCUAACAGCCAUCCAGCUAUGCUAAUUUAGGCGCCUGCUGUGGUUCUGAUCAGUUUAUGUCAUGUCGACUACAUGUUGUAGUUUUGCAUCAUUAAACAGAA